UACAUUUUGUACCAAUAUACUAUAAUUCAAUAAUGAAUCCUGAACUUCCCCUUUAAAACACACCAGAGACCCAUCAUUUUCCCCUCAAUUGAAAAUUACAAAAAAAGGAUAUAUGUAUAUAUACAGUAUUUUACUAAUGAAAAAGGAGUGCAGUACUUCCACUAGUAAUGUGUGCAAGUAUGAAACACUUUUUGAACACACAAUUCUGAGACAAUAAAUACUUUUCUUGUCCCUCUGACAUAUAAAAUAAGUGGUAAAAGUUUAUUUUUGAGUAAAUAGUUUUCUGAUCACUUCAAGUCAUGACAGCAGGUAGUGCAAUCUGUAGAAUAAACUAGAGUACAUUAGAACAUACUCAUCAGUAUUUUAUGUGUUUUUAUGCGUCUCAUCAAGGUGAACCAUAUGUGAUCAGAUUCUGAAAAUGGACAAAUUCCAAAGCCAGCAGAAGCAGUGGUUGUCCUCCAUGACUAAAAACAGAAUCAAGUCCCACGUUCUUGAUGACGCCGCCCUUCUGCUGGAGAAGUUGCAUGCCCUUGGCUUGAAGCCCCUGCUGCUGCUGGCGCAUCCCCCUACCAAGAGGGUGCCACGGACACCUAAAAUGAAGGUUUUGAUGCCCAUACAUGCCCAGCUUAGCACAUCAGCCAAGACAUGCCUCGACAAUGUGGAGGUCAUUUUCAAGCUGAUGGUUGCAGGUUGGACAAGACUCAACCCAGACCAAGAGGAGAACCCUGACACACCAACACCACCCCAAGACCCACCCAACCAACUGCCCGAUGGAAGCUACAUCUUAAAUUUGGUGCCAUGUGAUCCAUCACCCAUCACCCAUAACCAGCAACCACAAGAAACAGCAGAUCCACCACCACACCAGGCUCCAAGCACCCACCCACCACCACACCAGGCUCCAAGCACCCACCCACCACCAAACCAGGCUCCAAGCUCCAAGCACCCACCCACCACCACACCAGGCUCCAAGCACCCACCCACCACCACACCAGGCUCCAAGCACCCACCCACCACCACACCAGGCUCCCAGCACCCACCCACCACCACACCAGGCUCCAAGCACCCACCCACCACCACACCAGGCUUCCAGCACCCACCCACCACCAAACCAGGUUCAAAUUAUGCUGGAACCAUCACGCCAAAUCCCACCAAUACGGCAGCCACGUAA